UGAAAAUGGGGUCCAACAGCUCCAACUCAGUUCUCUCACUCCCUUCUCUCUCCUCUGAGACCAACCCAUAAUCCAAAACAAUGGCGAUUUGUGUCGCCAGUUUCGCUUCAAUCAUGCUCAAUACCAGGGCCUCCAAUUGCCGGACCUUAGCGGCCACCCCUGUUUCACUCGUGCGCGCGCUUGCCUCUUCUCACUCUCUCAAGAAUCAACCCAAGUCCCACACUUUUUGGCAGUUUCGGAAUCGGAAAUCUCUGCAGAGAAAGAGAAGAACUUUCGCUUUUGAACCCCUGUCUGCUGUAUCAGAUGUUGUCCCCUCGAUUCCCACUUCUUCCCCAACUUGUUACCCCAAGUAUCAUCGCUUGCUUCCAUGUCCAUCAGAAAACGGUCCACCCAGAGUUGAGCACUUAGUUGUUUUGGUAGGAGGGCCUGUUCUUGAAUAUAUUAGUAAAACUUUGGAUCUUCCACCUAUGUAUGUUGCAGAUCUCAUCCAUUUCGGAGCUGUAUAUUAUGCCCUUGUAUGUCCAGAUCCGCCUCCAACCGCAACGGCAGAGGAAUUUAGGAUAUAUAAGGAAGCUACAGCUCCAGCAGUUCUGAGAAAGAGAUCUUCCAUUAAAGGAAAAACUAUACGAGAAGCUCAAAAAACUUAUCGGAUAACUCAUGUUAAUGAGUUUGUUGAAGCUGGAACUUACUUAAGGGUGCAUGUACACCCAAAACGCUUUCCAAGGUGCUAUGAAAUUGACUGGAGAUCCAGAAUUAUAGCUGUAUCUGAAUCCUACGUUGUUCUAGACAAACCAGCGGGUACAUCUGUUGGAGGAACUACAGACAAUAUUGAAGAAAGUUGUGCAACAUUUGCUACUCGUGCCUUGGGAUUUGCAGAGCCAUUGAAGACUACCCAUCAGAUUGAUAAUUGUACAGAAGGCUGUGUUGUGUUAGCUAGAACUAAGGAGUAUUGUUCUGUUUUUCAUGGAAAAAUCAGAGAGAAAAAGGUAAAUAAGCUUUAUCUUGCUCUUGCUGCUGCUCCUGUGCCAGUUGGCAUAAUUACCCACUACAUGCGGCCAAUCAAUAUGGCUCCAAGACUUAUUUCUGAAGAUUUCUCUAAAGGAUGGCAUUUGUGCCAACUUGAGGUCUUGGAUUGCAAGAAGGUUGCAUGGCUGAACUCUGUAACUGAAGAGAAGUAUUGUGUUGAGGACUGUGGGUGGCCUUUAAAAAAGUUUGCAUAUGAGUGCAAAAUAAACCUUUUGACAGGUCGAACGCAUCAGAUUCGUGCACAAUUGGCUGCCUGUGGUGCACCGAUAGUGGGUGACUCAAUGUACAUGCCUGCUGCAAUUGCAGAGAUGAUCAGUCCUGGGCUUAAUCCAUUUGGAAAGUACAAGAAACAAUGCACAAGUGAGUAUGAUAAAGCAAUGGCUAUGCAGGAGUGGAUUUCACAUCACGGGAAGGAACCUAGUGUUGCUAUUGGUCUUCAAGCAUGUCAGAUAUCAUGGGAUGAUGGAGAGCACUUCUAUGAGGCUAGGUCUCCCUGGUGGAGAUAGGAAACACCGUAGGUGUGCUAAUACUUCUCGCUGGAUAUGAAAGGCCACCUAAAAACAUUAUUUUCCUUCACAUGAAGCAUGACACGUUGACUCCUGUCUACCUAGUCACUCUUUUUAAAGAAUCAGGAGUUACAUUGUCAAAGCUCAGAAGAGUAGUUUAUGAAGGAAAUUUGAACUUCUAUGAUUUGGCAGAGGGAGUCUCGGGAACCACAUAGCUCCUAAAUUUUACCAGAUGAUUGCAUGUACCCACAGAAACUAAUCUCAACUCAAAAUGGUUCAGGGACAGCACGGUUAAUUGGGAGGAAGGGGGUUGGGAUUGUCUGUGGUUCGCAAAGGAUGUGCUUGUUGCACAUUUUAUGUUCUUCUAGUCUUCAAGAAUUUAGUUGUAUGACAGUGCAUGUAAUGGUUAUAAGGUUGUUUAGAGGAAAGGAGUACUGAAUAUUGAUCAAUAAAGGAAGUGAUGUUGCCAUAAAAUUGUGUGAUUACCAAAGGGCAUAGAACAUUGCUGUUUCUGUUUCUCUCUCCUGUUGGAUUGUUCUGCAGGUGGAAACUGGUUUACCUUGACUUACUCUUAUUUACUCCUAGUUAUCGUCUUUUGGUGAUUUAUAUUCUUCUUCCAUAGGAAAUGUAGGCUAAAAAGUUUGUGUUGAUGCCUUAUAAAUUAGUAAGACCUUUCAUUUCAUAAAAAGUAGCACAUGCAAGAAUUCUUGUUUCCUUGUUCUCUAUUCCGUAUCUUGUGUUUGUACAUUAGUUGUUAAAAGUUAUACAUACAUCCUUGAACUAAUAUUGUGCAAGGGAAAUGCCUCUUUAUUUAUUGGUUUUAAGUGUUGUCACUUUCAGCAUUGAGUAGAAAGGUAGAGAUUCAUUGUUGUCGUUGAAGUCUGUCAGUUGAUUUGUCCUAACGUGUACUUGUCUUUCCUGCAGGAAUGUGAGAGUAAUGCUACAAUGACCAUGUUUAUAUACUGCAUUGGGUUUACCAUCUCAUUUGUCAUAAUUGCAUUGGUUGAAUAGGUUCCAUCACUCAUGUCUGUUACCAACACAGUAAUGACAUAUCACAUGGUAAACUAAAUAUGGUAUAUAAACAUGAUCAUUGUAGCAUUACUCGAGUAGAAAAUGUGGUCUUUCAUUGGUUUGGUGUUUUUUCAAUUUUUUUUUUCUGCUUGAUUUGUCAUGUCUAUAAACAUUGUGUACUAGUGUUGGUUAGAAGUCAGGUGAAGAUGCGUGGCCCCUAACAGGCACUCAUAAAAACAUCAUAUACGAGUUGGCUUUGCUGCAUCAAUUUUGGCACCUUUUAAUUUGUAUCAAUUCGAGACUAGGCAUUGGCAUGAUGGCCUUCAACUGAUAGUUUUGGAGUUCUCUUGAGGGUGGCAUAAUCAACAUGGUGAAGCCCGAACCUUCUCAUGUACCCAUAUGUCCACUCGAAGUUGUCAAGCAAGGACCAGAAGAAAAAAACAAAAGCUGCCCCAAGCUAGAGGGUUACAGGCACACA